AUGGCGCCCAGCAGAGGACCGCUGGAGGAAGCAAUGAAGGCUAAGCUCCGACAGAUGCAGGUGGCACGGGAUGCUGAUCUCGGUCGCCUACAGGAACAGCUCUCCGCCAAUCUGGCAACAGUCCAGAAUCGCGAUGAGGAGCUGAUGGCGGCAGAGGCUCGGCUGCAAGCUUGGUCCACAGAGGCCGCACAGCUGAGGAUCUCUGCGCAGGGAGAAGCACAGCUUCGAGCAAGCUGCGAGCAGCAAUCUGCCGUCUUAAGAUCGAAGCUGGAGCAGGCUUCGGCUUCACAUUCUCAGUUGGAGACACAGCUCCGCGACCUCCAGACAGAAUUGAACGAGGAGGCUGCCGCAGCGAAGCGGUACAAAGACGGCAGCAGCAAGAUGGGAGAAGAGUUGAAGCAGGCACAAGCUUCUGCAGCAAAGUCGGCUACGACUUGCAUGGAGUUGGAGGAAGAGUUGCUCUCAAUUCGCCAGGAGGAAGCGCAAACCUCUGCAGCCUGCCGGCAGCAACAUGAAGCUUCUCAGCUAUACAAGCUUGAGCUGAAGCAGCUGCAGGAAGCCCUUUCGUCGGCUGAGCAUCGAGAGGCUUGUCUUCAAGAGAACGAGGAGACUGCGCAGUGUGAGAAAGAGGAGCAACGUGCACACCUCGCGAAGUUGGAGAGCUACGUGGCAUCGAUGCCGCAGAAUUCGAGAUGCUGUGUGAUCCACUAG